UGUGCUGUGUGUUAAUGCAAACACAACCCAACACAACACAGCACAGCCUCUGUGUCCAUUAAAAUCACUCUCUCAAAUUCUCUCUCUCUCCAUCAUUCUUGCAAUUGCGCUUCCAUAAUCAUGGCCAUCGCAACAGAGACUCAGCCUCAACAACACAAGGAUUCUUACGAGUUGUCGGGUUCAGCUGCGGAGAGGAGGUGGACGCUGAACGAUUUCGAGGUUGGAAAGCCUCUUGGAAGGGGGAAAUUCGGUCACGUCUAUUUGGCAAGAGAGAAGAGUAGUAAUCACAUUGUUGCUUUGAAAGUACUCUUUAAGAGCCAAUUGCAGCAAUCCCAAGUUGUGCAUCAACUUCGGCGAGAAGUUGAGAUUCAAAGUCAUCUCCGACAUCCCCACAUCUUGCGCCUCUAUGGGUACUUUUAUGACCAGAAAAGAGUGUAUUUGAUUUUAGAGUAUGCACCCAAAGGUGAACUUUACAAGGAAUUGCAAAAGUGCAAGUAUUUCAGUGAAAGGCGUGCAGCUACUUAUGUUGCGUCAUUGGCUCGGGCCCUAAUAUAUUGCCAUGGAAAACAUGUAAUCCACAGGGAUAUUAAACCAGAAAACCUUCUUGUUGGUGCACAGGGUGAGCUAAAAAUAGCGGACUUUGGGUGGUCAGUGCACACAUUUAAUCGCAGGCGGACAAUGUGUGGCACACUGGAUUACCUUCCUCCCGAGAUGGUGGAGAGUGUAGAACAUGAUGCGAGUGUGGAUAUAUGGAGCCUUGGUGUGCUGUGUUAUGAGUUUCUUUAUGGGGUCCCUCCCUUUGAGGCUAAAGAACACUCGGAUACUUACAGGAGGAUAGUACAUGUGGAUCUUAAGUUCCCUCCUAAACCAAUUGUAUCCUCUGGUGCAAAGGAUCUUAUCAGUCAGAUGCUUGUCAAGGAUUCAUCCCAACGGUUACCAUUGCACAAGCUCCUUGAUCACCCUUGGAUUGUUCAGAAUGCAGAGCCCUCUGGUGUAUAUAGGGGCUAGUGAACUUAUCAUUCUUUUUCGGUAUUUUCUUAAUCAGGAAAAUCACCUAGAUGAAAGAAUCGAAGCUUUUCAUUUGUUUGUAAAACCUAUUAUAAAGAAUAACUCAUCAAUUGUUUUUCUUUUUAUUGUUGUAACCCUAAAUAUAUAAAGGUAUCUUUUUCUAUA